UGACAGCAACCAGUCAUUCACUGGCACCUCAAAGUGAUUUGGAUUCCAGUAGCUCCGAAGAAUUCUAUCAAGCUGUUCACCAUGCUGAGCAAUCAUUUAGAAAAAUGGAGAAUUAUUUAAAGCAACAACAACUCUGUGAUGUCAUCCUGAUUGUUGGGAAUCGAAAGAUACCUGCACAUAGGCUUGUUCUGAGUUCUGUCUCUGACUACUUUGCUGCCAUGUUUACAAGUGAUGUUUGUGAAGCCAAGCAAGAGGAGAUCAAGAUGGAAGGCAUAGAUCCAAACGCACUCUGGGAUCUUGUUCAAUUUGCAUAUACAGGUUGCUUGGAAUUAAAAGAAGAUACUAUUGAAAAUCUUCUUGCAGCUGCGUGCCUUCUUCAGCUUCCUCAAGUAGUAGAAGUAUGUUGUCACUUCCUCAUGAAACUUCUGCAUCCAUCAAACUGUUUAGGAAUCCGGGCAUUUGCAGAUGCUCAAGGAUGCAUUGAAUUAAUGAAGGUGGCUCACAGCUACACCAUGGAAAACAUAAUGGAAGUAAUCAGAAAUCAAGAAUUUUUACUCCUUCCAGCUGAAGAGCUCCAUAAACUACUGGCCAGUGAUGAUGUAAAUGUUCCUGAUGAAGAGACCAUCUUCCAUGCAUUAAUGAUGUGGGUCAAGUAUGACAUGGAGCGGAGAUGCAGUGACUUGAGUAUGCUCCUUGCCUUCAUAAGACUGCCAUUGCUUCCACCACAGAUACUGGCUGACCUUGAAAACCAUGCACUAUUUAAGAAUGAUUUGGAAUGCCAAAAACUGAUUCUGGAAGCAAUGAAAUAUCAUCUAUUGCCAGAAAGAAGAACUUUAAUGCAAAGCCCGAGAACUAAGCCCAGGAAAUCUACAGUUGGAACUCUUUAUGCAGUGGGGGGAAUGGAUAAUAAUAAAGGAGCUACAACCAUAGAGAAAUAUGACCUCAGAACCAAUCUGUGGAUCCAGGCAGGAAUGAUGAACGGCAGGCGGCUUCAGUUUGGUGUAGCUGUUAUUGAUGACAAGCUCUUUGUAAUUGGAGGUCGAGAUGGCUUGAAGACAUUGAACACCGUUGAAUGUUACAAUCCCAAAACCAAGACAUGGACUGUUUUACCACCGAUGUCAACACAUAGGCAUGGUCUAGGAGUAACUGUGCUUGAAGGGCCUAUUUAUGCAGUGGGAGGCCAUGAUGGCUGGAGCUACCUGAACACAGUGGAAAGGUGGGAUCCCCAGAGCCAGCAGUGGACAUAUGUGGCUAGUAUGUCCAUUGCUCGGAGCACUGUUGGCGUAGCAGCACUGAAUGGCAAGUUAUAUUCAGUUGGGGGCCGAGACGGAAGCUCUUGUUUAAGUUCAAUGGAAUAUUAUGAUCCUCAUACAAAUAAGUGGAGCAUGUGCGCCCCGAUGUGUAAGAGGAGAGGGGGAGUUGGAGUGGCCACCUGUGAUGGUUUCCUUUACGCGGUGGGUGGCCACGAUGCUCCAGCCUCAAACCACUGUUCCCGGCUCCUGGACUAUGUGGAAAGGUAUGAUCCAAAAACAGACACAUGGACUAUGGUGGCUCCUUUGAGUAUGCCUCGAGAUGCUGUUGGUGUCUGUCUCCUUGGUGACAGGCUAUAUGCUGUUGGUGGCUAUGAUGGACAAACAUACCUCAAUACCAUGGAAUCCUAUGAUCCACAAACUAAUGAGUGGACACAGAUGGCUUCUUUGAAUAUCGGGAGAGCAGGUGCCUGUGUGGUUGUCAUCAAGCAACCUUGACAGACUUGUAUAUUUUGGGGGGUUUUCUUUGCCACUGUGGUUGUUUUAUAUCAGAUGGUAAGGAUAAGGAAGGGAUUCCUGAGAUAAGAACGUCUCAGGAACUGGAUUUUUAUAGAUUUACUUGCUGGUGCCAAAAGGAGUAAAAGGUCAAACAGAAUUAAGGGAAAAAAAGAAAUCAC